AUGGUGGAGGCGAAAACACGAGUGGUUGAGUUUCAGGAUGUGAAGCCCGAGGAUUUUGUACGGUUUUUGGAAUAUGCAUAUUGUCACGAUUACACAAUACCUUCAUAUAUGGAGGACAAAGAAACGUCGCCUCCAGCGCUAGAGCAUCCAGCGUCACCCGAGUUUGAAGGAGUACCUCCAGCUCCAGCUCCAGCUCCAGCUCCAGCUCCACCUCCCCCUAUCGCGGAUGAGCCAGCGCCUGAGAUUGUCGAGGGUGUAUCGGUAUUUGUGGAGGAAAGGUGGGAUAUACCGAGAAAGAAGAAGAAAGGAAAGCCAUCGCUACGGUCAGGAUUCGACAAGCUUAGCUAUCUAUCCACAGGAGACCCGAAGGCAGGGAUGCUCCAGAGCUUCGAACCUCAGUACAACUCGUCUUCUCGACAAAACUUUAUUCCAGUUUUCUUAGCCCAUGCACGCUUGUAUACUUUUGCUAAUAUGCACCUCGUGCAACCGCUAAAGAGCUUAACGUUGCACAAGCUCCACAAGACCCUGAGGGGCUUCCAAUUGUACGAUCGACGGGUCGGUGAUGUUCUGGAGCUUGCGAGAUACGCAUACGACCAUGGCCCAGAUAGAACAUCCCAGGGGGGCAUAGAUGAUCUCAGAAACUUAGUUGUGCAAUACAUCGCUUGCGAGUUAGAUACUAUUGGGAAACACAGGGACUUCAGAUACUUGAUGGAAGAAGGGGGCGAGUUUGUUGGUGACUUUUGGGGCAUUGUGCAGAUGAAUCUAGUCUCAAGGCUCACAGGAGUUGUGAUCUAG